GCAUUGCAGCAGCGGAUCGAUAUAUAAGCGUUGUGCUGUAGCAGAGGCGACAUCAUUUGCCAGCCAUGGAGCUCCAGAGCGCAGUCAAACUGCUGAUCGUCGGUCAGGCGCUGGCUCUGGCCGCCGCUGCCGUGGACAACUCCACGGAGACGGAAGAGCUGGUCUUUAACACCACGACGUACAGCGCCUCAGCCCCGAGUCCGGAGCUGUUCAAAGUUGGCGGCGACCGCAUCGACAUGGAGGCGGAGGGCUGCUUCAACUUCGGCAGCAUGCUGUGCUGCUACAACACGGCUGUGCCGGACAGCCUCAGCGCCGCCCGCGUCUGCCAGCAGUUCUCCGGGGCGAGCUGCUGCUACCUGCUGCCGGGCCGCGACCAGUACCCGCGUCUGCCGGCGGACCUGGUGCCGCUGCUGCCGACUCUGACACAGAGCGGCCAGUGCGAGCAGCGCAGGCGCGGCCGGCGCGUGCUGCACUGCUGCCGCGGCGCCGAGCCCUCCGAUCCGAACCCCGACACUCAGGCGACACGCAUCUGCACCGACGUGGGCGACAUGCGCUGCUGCUAUCAUCCGUUCGCCGGCAUCGACUUCGGCGUGGUGAUACGGGGCUCUACAGAGAACGGGGGCUCUGUCCUGGGUGUCAGCGUCAAGAGUGGGGCAGAGGAAUAGCAAGCGAUAUACAGGGCUUUACCUUAUGUGAUGUUUUUUUCUGGUUACCUCCGAGUGAUGAGCAUAAUAACGACUGAGUUUUUUAGUGUUUCAUUAGUGUUCAUUUCAUGAAGGCUCAACCUUCAUGGCAUUUCGACAAAUAAAAUGAAUAAAUAACG